AUGGCUGCCCAGUUCCAGCGGCUGAAGUACGGCGGCCGGGCCGUUGUGAUCACCUUCAAGCCACGGGAGGAGCAGGUCUUAGAGAACUGGCUCAGGCAGAACGAGGACGGCUGGGCCAGCCCGCUGGCGUCGCAGGUGUCGCCUGACCGCCUGGGUGAGCUUUUUCCUUUGCUCUCCAGCGUGCAGCCCUAUGCGGCGCGACGGCUGAUGGCGCCGAUCCGGCCGUCCGCGGAGGAAGUGCGGCGAAACUCCAGGUCUCGAUCUGCCAUGGUCCACACCUUCAUCAAGGAACCUCGGCGACCUCCCUUCCAGAAAGUGGGGCCUUGUUUGAGGAGCUCCGGCAGCUCCAAUGGCAAGCCUGGAGACUGGCUCUGUACCCACUGCCGGGGCGUCAGCGCAGCGCACAGCGAGACUUGCCAGAAGUGUCGAC